UACAGUGCCCGUCUCACCCUUCCCAUGGCUCUUGUCUCUUUUAGAAGCUGGUUCUUCCGCAGGGACAAAAUCACUGGGUAAAAACAAUAAUAUUAUGAGUAUAAAAAGGCUCUUUCUGCAGUUACAAGGGAGGGAGACACUGAAGGAUUAUGGGUUUAUUUAUAAAUAUAUAUAAUACCACCCAACACAUUCUUUGGCUACUGCCACACCUGGUGGAUUCUUGGCCCGUGGAUAAACAAACUCCCCUCCCCCUGCUCCACUGAUUUCUGAGAAAAGAAGAACUUUCUGUUUCGUUUCCCUGUUCCUGCUCUGAGCGAUGGCGGCUGCGGAUCUGAGAGACGAGCUGAGCUGCUCCAUCUGCCUGAGCAUUUAUACUGACCCGGUGUCCCUGCCCUGUGGCCACUACUUCUGCCGGGGCUGCAUUGGGGCAGCAUGGGACACCCAGGGGGGGUCUGGGGCUUAUUCCUGCCCUGAAUGCAGAGCCGAGUAUCGGGAGCGCCCUGCCCUGCAGAACAUCAGGAAGCUGAGUAACAUAGCGGAGCGAUUCCUUUCUACUCACCCAGAGCAUGAUGGGAGUGGGGUUCCCUGCUCCUACUGUGACUCCCCUGUGCCCGCUAUUAAAUCCUGUGCCCUGUGUGAGGCUUCAUUCUGUAAUAAGCACCUGAGGGGGCACAGCCAGUCGGCAGAACAUGUACUGACUGAGCCCACAGCUUCCUUUAUGGGGAGAAAAUGUUCUGUACAUCACAAGGUUCUGGAGUAUCACUGCUGUGAGGAUGGGGCCUGUAUCUGUGUGUCCUGCUGCCUGGCCGGGGGGCACCGGGGCCACAGGGUGGAGCUGCUGAGUGAGGCCUCUGAGAAGAAGAAAGAGAAACUGAGGAAAGUUCUGGAGAAACUGAGCCCAGAGAGAGAGGAGACUGAGAGAGGAGCCCAGAGGCUGCAGGAGCGCAGGGGAGAAUUAGAGGAAAAAGCCGCCAUUGAGACAGAGAGAGUCACUGCCCUGUUUAGGGGCAUCAGGGAAGAGCUGGAAGCCCUAGAGAAGCGACUCCUGAGUGACAUCUCCAGGCAGAAAGAGGAGCUUUCACUCACACUCACUGAGCUGAUCCAACAGCUGGAAAUAAAGAAGGACGAGCUGUCCAGGAAGAUCCGGCACAUUGAGGAGCUGUGCAACAUGGCAGAUCCACUCACUGUCCUACAGGCACAAUGGGAAUCCCAUGGAGCUGCCUUUUGUGGGGCUGAGGGGGCAGAUACUGAGGGCAGAGAGGGUACUGAGGGGGCAGAUAAUGGGGGCAGAAAGAGAAAGGGUAUAAAGGUCCCGGCUGUAGGGGAUCUGGAUGUGGGUCGGAUCUCAGAGACAUUACUCACAGGCUUAGCUGGGAUUGUCACUGGGGUAAAGGGAAGGUGGAUCUAUGGACAGGAGGCUACAGAGCUGGUACUGGAUAUAAACACGUGUGGGAAUAAUGUAUCUGAAUCUUGGGACGGGAAAACUGCCUCCUACUCAAUGAAAAACCAGCAUCACCAUUAUGCCCCAACAAGAUUUCAGUACCCUCAGGCUUUAAGCACCAGGAAUUUCCCCUCAGGGCGACAUUACUGGGAAGUGGAGGGCAGUAAAUUAGGGGAGUGGGGGGUAGGGGCGGCCUAUCCCAGUAUAGAAAGGGGAGGGGAUCAGUCCAUCAUUGGGAACAAUAACAAGUCCUGGUGUUUGUUGAGACAGAGGAAUAAUACAUAUUCAGUAACACAUGGCACAAACAUAACCCAGUUACCCCACGUCCCUUCCUGCAGGAGAAUCAGAAUCUCAUUGGACUAUGAGGCCGGACACCUGUCCUUCUAUGAGCUGAGUGAGCCAAUCAGGCACUUACACACCUUCACUGCCAAAUUCACUGAGCCCCUUCAUGCUGCAUUCUGUGUAGGGUGGGAAGCUCAGUCAUGGGUGAGAUUCAUUACUAAUGACACUAUCAAGUGUGAAAACCCAUACUUAGAUUUCUGGAAAGGAGAUUAAGAGUAAUUUAGGUUAGUCAGUGUCUCCCUGGGAGAAUGACAUUUCUUGCUUUUAAAACCUUGAUGUGGUCCUUGUGUGAUGGGUCCCUGUAGGCUGCAAUGAAUGAUCCUGGCACCAACAAUCAAAUGGGUGGAGCUGGAAAAUGGAUGAGGUUUCAGGAAAAUCGGUGGUGUCUUGGCGUGACUAUGGCGCAUAAGGGGUGUGGCCAUAUUGUCCCACUUUUUCAUUUAAACACUUUAAGAUAUACAGAGAUAGAAAGUACAUAAAUAAAUGAUAGAGAGAAAGAUCUGCACUUAAAUGUGCAGUCAGGAGGGGUAACAUUUAAGGAUUGUCUCUUAUAUCCGACUGUACCUGAGCUGCUACAUGUCUUAUAGUCACAGGCCUUAGUAUAUGGAAUCUGCCGUUUGUAGACACAUGAUAGUAUUUUUGUUGGGAAUCUGCUUUUUCCUAUUUAGGCAAGGCAGUCCUGAAUUGCUGACCCCAGAAGAGAUAUCCUUACUGGAAACUAGGUGGGGUCCAGGUGUAUUGGGGGCAUAUCUGGGUGCAAGUGGGCGUGGCUGGGGCAGAUGAAAGCAAAGCAGUUUCACAUUUCAGAAUACUGACAGCUAUGUGUGUGUGUAUAUCUCUGUCCCCUGCCCUAUUGGGUGAGUUAUAUCUAUAUUGGUAUAUAUUGGGGUGUAUAUGUAUGAAGGUGAUUGUUAUUCAUGAAAUUGGAAACAGGAUUGAUUAUUGAUAUAAAUGUUAUAUAGUUUUAGUGAAUCUAAAUAAUUAAUGGGGCCGGGGAAUGUUAGAUUGUCCCUGAGUUGGGUCGUAAAUAGAAACAGUUGCCAUGGACACAAUGCCAGAGCACUACGGGUCCCCUUAUGGCUCAUACACAGGGCACUUAUGUUUGGGGCAAUGUAAAUGUGACAUUUCUGUAAGAUAAAUGGGCUGUUUGUAAAGCUGUGGGUUUUAUCGGCAGACGCCUUUACUGCACAGUUUUUACUUUUCACACAAUCACCUAAAAUCAUUGCAGAGCUUUAUAUAAAUACACCGGAUUUUAUGCAGCGACGCCAGGAACCUACAAGCGGCGAAUGUGCUCAAUGGUUUUUACACAGUUUGAUAUAAGGGCCCCUGUAUGUGGUAAAAAGCUACUAAAAAUCAUUUUUUUGUGGUAAAUUAAGUGGCAAUAUUUGUAAAUUCUACCUUUAAAAAAUACCUGCUGUGGGGAAAUGCUUUGGAACCUACACUAUGUUUUGGCUUUAUGGUCUCAAAUAAAAGUGUUUGUGCUGCUUCACAUUG